UACUGAAUGCACCUUCAUUGCUUUGAGCCACACAUCGGACUGAAGUGUUUGGAAGGAAUCAAAAGGAACUUAAUUAACCCCUCUGCCGUCGCAUGUGUGAGACAGAUCCGUGAUAGUAAAAUUAUUGUCGAAUGGGGACUCUAUAUUUUGCCAUGUUUUUAGAUCUGCCAGGAGACUUUUGUUCAAUUUUCUAUUGCGUAUUAGAUGGUUCCAGCGGGAGAGCCGACGGCUAUGUAUAACUUUACUGGUUUCAGUUUUCUCUAGGUCAUGAGUGGAGAUUAUUUUGUCUGCUAAGAAUAUUUUCCCAUUCUCUUCAGCUGGGUCUGCUGUAUUAUGCAUUUUGCUUUUCAAGAUUUUGUUAGUUCACAUGUCAUUGGUAUUCUUUGAUUUAUCUCUUUGUUUUGACUAACACCUGAAUCUUCUGCAUUGUUUUGCUUCCGAGAGGAUUUUAUAUCUGUGCUUGUAACAUUACAUUUCUUCACAUGUCGUUGGGAUUCUUUGAUUUAUCUCUUGAUUUGGAUUGACUCCUGAAUCUUCUGUACUGCUCUGCUUCCGAGAGAAGUCUAGCUCUGACUAAAAUUUCAAAAUGGGUGUUACCAUACAAGAGUAUCGAGCCAGGAUUGGUACCUUUAUAUGCAGGAAUAAAUCAGCAGGAAGAAGUGGAAGUGACCAUGAAUGCAGAAGUUCAAAAUUUUUGGCACAUCCUAUGUCUCUUCUAUUGACUCUUAUCCUUUUAUUCAUGAGUGGUAUCGAGCUCAACCCUGGUCCAACCUACCCUUGUAAGGAGUGCCCCGAAGUGUCAACAAGUGCUCAGAAGUAUUUUGACCAUCACAAGACGGCACACGUUGCAAUACCAUGCUGCUUUCCUGGUUGCUCUGCCAACUUCAUUUCAUUAGGUGCUUUUCAGUCUCAUCUGAGUAGGAAUCAUGAACCAAGGAAGGAUGUGCCUCAGAUGCCUAGUGAGGAAUGUCCAGUGCAAGACUGUUCUAUUUCACGAAAGGGAAGAUCCUUCAAACAACAUCUUGAGGACCACUUGGAUGCUGGGCACCAAUUUGUCUGCCUUUACCCUUCAUGCAAGACUGUUCACAAGAAAAAAGGAUCUUUCAGAACACACCUCUCACAAGUCCAUCCAGCAACCAGCUCAAUAUCAACCAGUGCCGGUACAUCUAGUGUUCCACAAUCAUCAUCAGGUUCAACACAACCAGCAAGUUCCAGUACAUCCGACGUUUCACAACCAUCUUCAGUUCCAGCUCAGCCAGCAUCAGUUUACCGUGUUCCUCCUAAUGUCAUCAAGCAAAAUGUAGUCCUUUUUUAUUUGGAGCUUGAAGGGCAUAAAGUUUUGCCUUCGGACACAGUUCAAAUGAUAUGUCAGAACAUUGCUCAAUUCACUGACUGGUCCCAUGAGUGCUUGAAGGUGAUACUUAAACAAGAGUUGUCAUAUGCUGGUCUGGAGAAAAAAAAAAUGGACAUGAUUAUAAACAAAACAUUCAGAUGUGAUCCUAUUUAUAACAUCCACCAUGAUGAUCAAUCCCAUGAGCGUGUCACCACAAUCUACAUACGCAGAGAAGAAAUGAAGGAUAGAGCCCCUUUCAUCCCUUCAAUUGAAAUUCAACUAAAAGCCUCUCUGGAAGAUAAGCCUAGAUAUGCCCAGUACGUGCCUCUGAAGGAAACUUUAGAGGUGUUACUACAGGAUCCCAAUGUGAAGAGAGAAUUUCUCAAAUCUUUCAUGAGGCAAUCCAACCCAGAUGUGUACGAAGAUUUUUGGGAUGGCUCUGCCUUCCAGGAGCAUCUUGCGAGUCAUAAUCACCACAAAUGCAUUCAAAUAUUAUUGUUCCAGGAUGCAUUUGAGUACAGCCCUUUUGGGCCAGCUAAAGGAAUGUAUAAAACAGCUGGUUGGUAUUAUAUGUUAGGAAAUCUUCCUCCUCAGUACAGGUCAAAAUUGGAUAUGAUUAUGCUGCUAUAUCUCAUACAAGAACAGUAUUUGAAACCAUCUGUACAGGAGCUAUUAGACUCUAUUGACAAAUUAGAUGAAGCCUUGUCUACAAUGAUAGAAGAAUUUCAGAAGUUGAAGGAUCCGCAGAUAGAAGUUGAUGGGGUGGCAUACCCAGUGUGUUUGAUUGUUGUUAUGGGGGACAAUCUGGGCCAACAUCAGAUUGGCGGCUACAUUCAGAGCUUCUCUGCAAACUAUUUCUGUCGUAACUGUCCCAUCAGCAAGCAAGAAUUCCAACAGAAUCCUGACACUUGUAAACCAUUCCGAACUGUGCAAGACUAUGAAGCCUGUGUUGCUGAAGCCAUGAAGAAGUUUCAGGAACUGAAGAAGAAGUCUUUGUCAAAUCAAGCUAAGAAGCGGGAAAAAGCUCAGAAAGACCUGGAAGCUGGUGAAGAUGUGUCAGUGCCAGAUCAACCAGUUUCCAACAACGCGCUGAAAGAACUGCGAGCAAUGCAUCAUAUAGGUGUAAAGCCCUUACCAUCUCCUCUAAAUAAAAUACCCGGCUUUCAUGUAAACUUGGCCAUGGCCCCAUGCUUGGCUCAUGACUUGUUCCAGGGAAUAGUUGGAGUCACUUUGGGUAAAAUACUAGAAAGCUUAGAAAAAAAAAAAUGGUUUGAUUUGCCAACUUUAAAUCGUCGGAUAACCACCUUCAAAUGCAAAGGACAAGAUGCCCUGGAUGCUCCUGCAAAGAUACGGUCAUUUGAUAGUGUUACAUCCCAUGCAUGUGAAACGUGGACUCUGUUAAGGUUGCUACCUCUAAUGCUCGACGACUUAGUAAAAGACCCAGAAGAUGAUGACUGGCUGCUGUACCUGAAUUUAAAAGAAAUAUGUGAAUAUGUCUGUGCUCCUAGAAUUACCAGAACUCAGAUAGAAUACCUUCGAACACUUAUCAAGGAAUUUUUAGUCAAAUUGAAGGGACUUUAUCCAUCAUGUCUUAUUCCCAAGGCACAUUAUCUCUGUGAAUAUCCAGAUUUGAUUUAUAUAUUUGGCCCGUUAAUAAGGCUCUUCACCCUGAGAAUGGAAAGCAAUCAUGUGUUUUUCAAAAAUGUGGCUAAACAAUGCAAGUCUUUUGUGAACAUAACAAAGACACUGGCUCAGAAAUACCAAUACAAAUUCGCUUGUGACCAUAUUAAUGGGUUCUUACCUCAAGAUUUUGAAUAUGAUACAACUACUGGAGAAGAAUUGUCUGAAGCACCACCUGAGUUACCACCUCUCUCAAAUGACAAAAAGGCCAUGAGUGUCAAAACCUUAAUAGUUAAAGGAACCCAAUAUGAGGUCGGCAUGUAUAUGCUACUGAAUAAAGUAGAAUCCAUUGACCUAUCAGUCGGGUGCAUCACCAAAAUUUUAAUUUAUCCCGAUGAAACAGUAUUUUUCACGUUCAAUGUGCAUACAGCCAGAUCUUCAGGAAACGGUUACUUCAUCAUAAAUCAAGAAAACUUCAAGAAACAAGGUAACAACAUUUCAGAUCUGCCAGAUUACUUCCCCCUUCCUUCCUACAUAAUCAACAAUGAAAAAUGUGACAAAAUUGAGUGCAUCAGCUUAAAACACUCAACAGUUUUCAUGUGAAUUUGACUUCUUUUGCAAUCCUGUCUAGUUAUGUUUUCUCUCUUAUAGAUCAUACCUGCUUGUAAAUUUGUUUAAUUUUUCAAAGUAAGUUUAUAAUUGUUAUCUUCCCAAAUAUUUUAAGAAUAAAAAUUUAUGAAAAGUGUAACUGCUUUAUCUGUUUCACAAUUAACAGACACCCAAGUUAGACUUCAACAAACCAUUCAAGCCAAAUAAUAAUUCAAUAAACUGAAAUUUAAUACAUUUUUUAAUCAGACUCAAAAAAUUGUUUACAAUAAUAAACUGACCCAGACAGAAUCACCAACAUCUGUAUUUUGGGCAUCAUAUGGCAGAUUAAGUAAAUUUUAGAGACAUAAGAAAGAUGUAUAAAAAUCAACAUACUGUAUAGCUCCAGGCUUAGAAAUGCUAAUAUUACUUCAAAACAUUAAACUAUUCAGCAAUCUAGUAAAAGUUGUAUGAUUUAAAACAAAACCAAGCACCUACAAAGCAAAGCUAAUAACAUGUCUUCUUCUCCAAAAAUAAUUCACAGCUCAAACAAAUGGACUACCAGUGCUGCAUAACGGCUGAAGAUCAUUCAUGCCACCCUCCGCAAUAUGCAAUCUGUUCUGCUUGUACAAGAAAAUAUAGAAUUUAAACUCAGUUCCAAAAUGCAAAUAGAAUGAAGUUAUUUUAGAAUAGAGUCCUUUAAGGUCGGUGAAAACAAAUUUGGC